CGUUUCUGUGCAGUGAGGCGGUGCCUGCCCUGCCUGCCCUGCCUGCUCUGGACUGCGGCGGGCUGAGUUGCUAGCUACAGAAAUGGCGGAGGGGGAGUUGGACGUCGACUCGCUGAUUUCCAGGCUUUUGGAGGUGCGAGGAUGUCGUCCAGGGAAGAUUGUCCAGAUGACGGAGGCCGAGGUGCGUGGCCUCUGCAUCAAGUCCCGGGAGAUCUUCCUCAGUCAGCCAAUCCUUCUGGAGCUGGAGGCUCCGCUCAAAAUCUGUGGCGAUAUCCACGGACAGUACACAGACCUGCUGAGGCUCUUUGAGUACGGCGGCUUCCCUCCAGAGGCCAACUACCUGUUCCUGGGCGACUACGUGGACAGAGGGAAGCAGUCCCUGGAGACCAUCUGCCUGCUGCUGGCGUACAAGAUCAAAUACCCCGAGAACUUCUUCCUGCUCCGGGGCAACCACGAGUGUGCCUCCAUCAACCGCAUCUACGGCUUCUACGACGAGUGUAAACGCAGAUUCAACAUCAAGCUGUGGAAGACGUUCACCGACUGCUUCAACUGCCUGCCCAUCGCUGCCAUAGUGGAUGAGAAGAUCUUCUGCUGUCACGGAGGUCUCUCUCCAGACCUGCAGUCUAUGGAGCAGAUCAGACGCAUCAUGAGACCCACAGACGUGCCCGACACAGGCCUCCUGUGUGACCUGCUGUGGUCUGACCCCGAUAAAGACGUCCAGGGCUGGGGAGAAAACGACCGCGGCGUCUCCUUCACCUUUGGCGCCGAUGUGGUCAGCAAGUUCCUCAACCGCCACGACCUGGACCUCAUCUGCAGAGCCCACCAGGUGGUGGAAGAUGGUUAUGAGUUCUUUGCCAAGCGGCAGCUGGUGACUCUGUUCUCGGCUCCCAACUACUGUGGCGAGUUUGACAACGCCGGCGGCAUGAUGAGCGUGGAUGAAACCCUGAUGUGCUCCUUCCAGAUCCUGAAGCCAUCUGAGAAGAAAGCCAAGUACCAGUACGGAGGGAUGAACUCGGGUCGGCCCAUCACUCCCCCCCGCACAGCCCAACCCCCAAAGAAACGAUGAAGAAGGACGGAGGGAGGAAGACGCAGAUAACAAGAAAGGGAUGAUGGUCUCCUGUUGGCUUUUCACAACCCCAAAAAAAUAAGUAAAAGCAACACUUGGCGGAGAGGGGGAAAUAAAACGAACACAAACUAUUUGAAAGGACACACCCA